AUGGCGACAUGUUUCACAAUAUCUCUGAUGUUUCUGCUCAUGACUGCUGAUGUUGAUGAAUGUCCUGUAUUUAUCCUCCUGGUUAUUGGAUCACAUCAUCAUACUGGACCAAAACAACACAUCAACCUGUUUCAGUGUCACCAAACCUGUGUUCUGACACAUAUUACAGAGAAAAGACUAUACAGUGGAGAAUGGAGAGGGACUCCUGGAGUUCAGCUUGAUGUCACAGACCUCCAGGUGGAGACACAACAGAGAGUGAAAGAGGGAGAUUCAGUCACUCUUACAUGUAAAACCACCUGCAGACUGACUGAAGAAACAACAUUCAUCUGGUACAGAAACACACAGACAUUAACUGAACACACAGUGAAUGAGUUUCAUCUGCAGUCAGUCAGUCGUCAUGAUUCAGGAGUCUAUAGAUGUGCUAUAAGAGGAUCUGAACCUUUUGCGUAUUCUGAUGUUUAUCUCAGUGUUGAAUAUCCUCCAGAGAAAACCUCAGUGUCCAUCAGUUCUUCUGGUGUAAUAGUGGAGGGUGAUUCAGUGAAUCUGACCUGCAGCAGUGAGUCAAAUCCACCUGUUCACACCUACAGCUGGUUUAAAGGAGGAAAAUUUGUAGGAUCUGGAAACAUCUACAGCAUCUCAAACAUCAGAUCGGAUGACAGUGGAGAAUACACGUGCUGGUCCAAAUAUAUACAUGGAGGGAAAUAUUCAGAAGCUGUGAUGAUGGAUGUGAUGUUUGCACCAAGAAAUGUUGUGGCAUCCAUCAGUUCUUCUGGUGUAAUAGUGGAGGGUGAUUCAGUGACUCUGACCUGCAGCAGUGAAUCAAAUCCACCUGUUCACAUCUACAACUGGUUUAAAGGAGAAAAGUUUGUAGGAUUUGGAAACAUCUACAGAAUCUCAAGCAUCAGAUCAGAUCACAGUGGAGAAUACAAGUGCAAGACCAGAAAUAAACAUGGAGAGAAAUAUUCAGAAGCUGUGAAGAUGGAUGUGAUUUAUGCACCAAGACAUGUCAAAGUGUCCAUCAGUUCUUCUGGUGUAAUAGUGGAGGGUGAUUCAGUGAAUCUGACCUGCAGCAGUGAAUCAAAUCCACCUGUUCACAUCUACAGCUGGUUUAAAGAGAAUCAAACAUCAUCUGUUGGAUCUGGACAGACGUUCAGCAUCACUAACAUUAAUUCUAGUCUCAGUGGAUGGUUUUACUGUGUGGCUCAGAAUAAACAUGGAUCUCAGAGAUCAGCUGCUGUAUCACUCACUGUUAAAGGAGUUCAGAGUUCUGCUGUAGUUUCUGGGAUAGUGGCAGGAUGUGGAGGAUUGUUCAUCAUCAUCACCUUCAUCAUCCUGUUUAUAUGGAAGAAAAGAAGAGACGGUGGAUCUGAAGUUAACGUUCAAAAUCAGGACAAUCACUUUAGUGGAUCAACAGGAGCAGCUUCAGCCAAUGAUGUUUCACUUUAUUCACAAGUAUCAGCCAAUCAGAGAGAAGCCUCAGUGUUUGCUGAUGCUGAUGAUGUUCAAUAUGCCAGUGUCCAAUACAUCAGAAACAAAGACGUGAUGAAUGAGGAUAAAGAGGAUGAAUGCCAGUAUAUGAACUUUAAAAUGAAUCCUACGUCUGAUCCUCACAGAUGCGCUGAUAUGAUCUACAGUUCAGUCAACUUUUCAACAGCCUGAAAUAAUUGACACAACAGAGAAACAGAUCAGAAACUUGUUCAACUCUGGAUUUUUUGCAUUCCUCAUAGACAUUCAUAGUUUAAUAGCAUCACACAGAUUUAGCAGAUUAAACCAAACAUUAAGUAGACACAUAGUCUACAUUUACUGGCUCAAGUGCUGUCAAGUGUUUAUGACAGAUAAAUAGCUUGUGUUUGUCAAAAAGCUUUCAAUCUUCCUCUAAAUGUUUCUUUUAAUACAGUGUGACCACAUUGUUAAAAAAACUAAAUAAAAUGUCGCCAGAAAGCCUUUUUCAUUACGUUGUCUAAUAUUGACUGUAGUGUAAUAUUAUAACUCAAUAUAAUUCAACUU